ACAUUUUUCAAUUUCUGUAAUUUUCGCAAACACUGCUCAAUUGUUGGCAUUUACAAAUAGGCCCACUGUCUGAGCUUGAAAACCGGAGUUUAGGGGAAAAUUAGGGUUUAAGCAUUCACAGACCAACCAACUUCUUUUGCUUCCGAGCAUUCAACCGUAUUGAUAAGUGGGGUACUAGUAGGAGCAGAUGGACGAAUCACCUUCAUCCGUUAAAAGGAAGCAGCCGGAGGAGGUUUCACAAGAACAACAGGAAAGCAAUGUGCGAGAAUCUCCCUCUAAGAGGCGUAGCUUAUCCAGGACAUGUGUGCAUGAGGUGGCAGUCCCAACUGGAUAUGUUUCGACCAAGGACGAAUCAACUCAUGGCACCCUUGCAGAUCCUGUUUAUAACGGGGAGCGAGCUAAGACAUACCCAUUUAAGCUUGAUCCUUUUCAGGAGGUUUCUAUUUCUUGCUUGGAGAGAAAGGAGUCUGUCUUAGUCUCUGCCCACACUUCUGCUGGGAAAACUGCAGUUGCUGAAUAUGCAAUUGCCAUGGCUUUUAAAGAGAAGCAACGAGUCAUAUAUACUUCUCCUCUGAAAGCUUUGAGUAAUCAAAAGUACAGAGAGUUGAAUCAAGAGUUUUCAGAUGUCGGAUUGAUGACAGGUGAUGUCACGCUUUCACCUAAUGCAAGUUGUUUGGUCAUGACUACGGAAAUCCUCAGGGGGAUGCUUUAUAGAGGUUCUGAGGUAUUGAAGGAAGUUGCUUGGGUCAUAUUUGAUGAGAUACAUUACAUGAAGGAUCGUGAAAGAGGUGUAGUUUGGGAAGAAAGUAUUGUCUUCUUGUCCCCUGCCAUCAAGAUGGUUUUUCUUUCAGCUACUAUGUCAAAUGCAACUGAAUUUGCUGAAUGGAUAUGUAAUAUACACAAACAGCCUUGUCAUGUGGUAUACACAGAUUUUAGGCCGACACCUCUACAGCACUAUGUGUUUCCUGUUGGUGGAUCUGGUUUAUAUCUUGUAGUUGAUGAGAAUGAGCAGUUUAAAGAAGGCAACUUUUUGAAACUCCAGGAUACUUUCAGUAAGCAAAAUCAUGUUGAUGGGAGCAAGAGCACAAAUUCCAAAGGCAGUGGCAGAAUUGCUAAAAAUGGAAAUGCUUCAAGUGGCUCUGACAUAUAUAAAAUUGUUAAGAUGAUUAUGGAACGAAAAUUUCAACCAGUCAUAAUUUUUAGUUUUAGCAGAAGAGAGUGUGAGCAGCAUGCCAUGUCUAUGUCCAAACUUGAUUUUAAUACUCCAGAGGAGAAAGAUGUCGUGGGGGAAGUGUUUCGAAAUGCUAUCGUAUGCUUGAGCGAGGAGGAUAGAAAUUUGCCUGCCAUAGAGUUAAUGUUGCCAUUACUUCAGCGAGGCAUUGCCGUUCAUCAUUCCGGUUUGCUUCCUAUCAUCAAAGAGCUUGUAGAGCUUCUCUUUCAAGAAGGACUUGUUAAGGCCCUAUUUGCCACAGAAACGUUUGCAAUGGGUUUGAACAUGCCUGCAAAAACUGUUGUUUUCACAAGUGUGAAAAAAUGGGAUGGUGAUAGUCAUCGUUAUAUUGCAUCUGGUGAGUAUAUCCAGAUGAGUGGUAGAGCUGGACGCCGUGGUAAAGAUGAGAGGGGUAUCUGCAUUAUAAUGGUUGAUGAUAAGAUGGAGAUGAACACACUAAAAGACAUGGUUUUGGGCAAACCAGCACCUUUGGUCAGUACUUUCAGAUUGAGCUAUUACUCAAUUCUAAACUUGAUGAGUCGUGCCGAGGGACAAUUCACUGCUGAGCAUGUUAUCAGAAAUUCCUUCCAUCAAUUUCAGCACGAGAAGGCUUUACCUGACAUUGGAAAAAAAGUCUCACAGCUCGAACAGGAAGCUGCUGUGCUUGAUGCUUCUGGAGAGGCUGAGGUGGCUGAGUAUCACCGGCUUAAGCUUGAGUUGGCCGAACAUGAAAAGAAAAUGAUGGCAGCAAUAACACAACCUGAAAGAGUUCUCUCUUUCCUUCUACCUGGUAGACUGGUUAAGGUAAGGCAAGGAGGAACUGAUUGGGGCUGGGGAGUUGUUGUCAAUGUGGUGAAGAAACCACAAGCUAUAUCAAGUUCUAUGCCAGCUGAACUUGCUUCUUCACGUGGUAACAACUAUAUUGUGGAUGCCCUGCUCCACUGUUCUAUCGGCUCAAGUGAAACUGGUUCUCAGCCAAAGCCUUGUCCUCCUCAACCAGGAGAAGAAGGUGAAAUGCAUGUGGUUCCUGUUCAGUUGCCUCUUCUUUCUGCACUUAGCAAGCUUAAAAUAUCGGUUCCUUCUGACUUGCGGCCAAAAGAAAGUCGGCAUAACGUUCUCCUUGCUAUGCAACAGCUUGAAAAGCGCUACCCACAAGGCUUUCCAAAGCUCAAUCCUGUGAAGGAUAUGGGAAUUGAAGAACAGGAAUUUAUUGAGUUGGCUAGCCAAAUCGAGGAGCUUGAGCAGAGGUUGUUCACUCAUCCCCUACACAAGAAUCUGAUACAACAGGGGUUAACUGGCAUUCUUGCAAGCAUGCUAAUCUGCACUUUUACCUGCCUAAUUCUGUUUUGCUUCCAGUCACAAGAUGUACAUCAGAUUUCCAGUUUCCAGAGAAAAGCAGAAGUCAAUCAUGAGAUUCAACAGCUAAAGACAAAAAUGCGUGAUUCUCAGCUUCAAAAAUUUCGUGACGAACUUAAGAAUCGAUCACGGGUUCUCAAAAGACUGGGUCAUAUUGAUGGUGACGGCGUUGUUCAGUUGAAGGGACGUGCAGCUUGCCUGAUAGACACUGGAGAUGAGCUCCUUGUCACAGAAUUGAUGUUCAAUGGUACCUUCAAUGAUCUUGAUCAUCAUCAAGUUGCAGCUCUAGCUAGUUGCUUUAUUCCUGGGGACAAAUCGAGCGAACAGAUACAUUUAAGAGCUGAACUGGCUAAACCUUUGCAACAACUCCAAGAAAGUGCCAGAAGAAUAGCUGAGAUACAACGCGAGUGUAAACUCGAAGUAAAUGUGGAUGAAUACGUUGAAGCAUCAAUCAGGCCCUUCUUGAUGGAUGUGAUUUAUUGCUGGUCAAAGGGAGCAACUUUUGCAGAUGUUAUUCAAAUGACUGAUAUUUUUGAAGGUAGCAUCAUAAGAUUGGCUAGAAGGCUUGAUGAAUUUUUAAAUCAGUUGAAAGGAGCUGCUCAUGCAGUUGGCGAGGCUGGUUUAGAGGAGAAAUUUACAGCCGCGAGCGAAAGCCUUCGUCGCGGAAUAAUGUUUGCGAAUUCAUUAUAUCUGUGAUGUGGUUGAAACUACUGAUAGAUAUGUUGCAGCAAGUGAAGUUGCAGGUGUUUGCCUUUCUAAAAUUAGAUAGGUAACAUGUUCUCUCAGUUUUAUGGAAUUUAGAUAGCUAACAUAUUCUCUAUUAGCAAACCACACUCCCAACAUCCCCCAAAAAAUUAAAUGUUGUAGCUUUGAAUCUAUAUGGUGUAUUUUCUGUGGCUGGGUGACAGAUUUUUUGGUAGACUAGCAAAAUGUUGUGAAAUUGAAUUGAAGAGAAUUUUUGGAAUGAAGAUUUUUUUUUAUUCUCA